AUUAACUCUCGUUUGAUCAUCAGUUAAAAAUAACAACACUCGUAACAGAUAUAAUCUACGAACGUAACAGCAUCAGUAUAUCGGUAAUAUAGUGUGAUACUUUUGCAGUGUUCGGUUACAUAGAUUGUUUGCGACUACAGGAAAGAAGGAAGUUAAAUACUUAAAUACAUGCGUUUGAAAACAAUACAAUACCACAUAAAAAUUUAUAAUGGAACGUUUCAAUGUAGUGCAGCCACUUGUCAGCAAACACAUAGACGAGCAGCAUGGAUAAACUGGUGUAUGUAGUAGCAAGCCUUCUGCCGUUUGUAUGUGCUGAAACUUGUCCACCGGGGUAUGGACUUAAUAACACUGAUACAACUUGUCAAAAAUGUCUUUUUACUGGAUGCAUAUGUACAAAUUUGCAAAGUUGUAAAGGAUGCAUGGACGGAUACUUUAUGAAUGGAUACCUGUGCUCUCCAUGUCCAGAUAGAUGUCUGAACUGCACCAACACAACAUGUACAAGCUGCAAACUUGGCUAUACCGGAGCAAAGUGUGACACAUAUAUAUGUGCAAACAGGAACUGUUUAUGUAAAUCACCCUGGGAAUGUGAUUCGUGUAUAGGUGGAUAUUACGAUGCAUUCAGUAAUUGUACAUACCAAUGCAAUCCUAACUGCUCUUCAUGUUUAGAUAAUGCCACAUGCGAGUCCUGCAAGCCGGGAAUGUAUGGGGCAGACUGUAGCAAUGUAUGCUCUAAAGGGUGUAAAAAUACCGUCUGUAAUAAAACAGAUGGGUCAUGCUCAUGCAAAAUGACUUUCACUGGUAAUACAUGCGAUCAAUGUAAUUCUGGAUGGUAUGGUCCUUCAUGCAAUCUUCGAUGUUCAGUCGGAUGCAAUAGCACUCAAGACUGUAAUGAAACAGAUGGCAGCUGUAUGUGUUCGGAAUAUUUUAUUGGCGAAAGAUGUGAUCAGUGCAAGGAUGGCAGGUAUGGGAUUUCUUGUGAAAAUGUUUGUUCAAGUGGAUGUAACACUACAUGUAAUCAGUCAGACGGCACGUGCUCAUGUAUGAAGAAUUUUACUGGAGAUCUGUGCAAUGAGUGCAUGACAGGAAUGUAUGGCGAGUCAUGUGAAUUUAACUGCUCGCGUGGGUGCAACGGUAAAUGUAUUAGAAAAAAUGGGAAUUGUACAUGUUUGAAACAAUAUACAGGUGUUUUGUGCGACGAAUGUACACGAGGAUGGUAUGGCAAUCAUUGUGAAGACGCUUGUUCACUUGGAUGUAGCGAUAUUUGUCAUCAGACGGAUGGAACAUGUAAAUGUUUGAGUAACUUCACAGGAGCUAAAUGCGACAGCUGUUUGACAGGGAUAUAUGGAUUAAAUUGUACCAAUGAUUGUUCUGAUGGAUGUGUCGAUCAUGUUUGUAACAGAACAGAUGGGUCAUGUACAUGUGAGGCAAAUUUUGAUGGCGACAAUUGCGAAAGGUGUGUUACAGGGAUGUACGGAUACUCCUGUGAAGCAUCAUGUUCAAACGGAUGUGAUAAUCAUAAAUGUAAUCAGACGGAUGGGAGAUGUACAUGUUUGGAAGGGUUUACUGGAUCGACCUGCGAUGAAUGUAUUCCAGAGCGGUAUGGCCCAGAUUGCAAUCAGCCGUGUUCACAAGGAUGUGCUGACGGAACUUGCAAUGACACUGAUGGGUCGUGCACAUGUUCGGAACAUUUUACCGGUAAUAAGUGCAAUAAAUGUAUACUUGGGAAAUAUGGCUCGUCUUGUGAGUUAUUUUGUUCACAAGGAUGCGUUUCAAAUGAAUGCAACAGAAAUGGUAAUUGUUUAUGUUCGGAAAAUUUUACUGGAGAUAGAUGCGAUCGUUGCAUGCUAGGGAAAUAUGGAGAACAUUGUAACUUUGAGUGCCCAUCGGGAUGUCUGAACCAUCUAUGUAAUCAUAACGGAGAGUGUAGUGCAGGGUGUUUGCAACACUUCUUUGGGAAUGUGUGUAAUCAGACAUGUCAUGUGAAUUGUAAAAACGGGACAAGCAACAGCACACGUUGUGAACGUGCAACAGGAAGCUGUCAGUUUGGUUGCAAUUAUGGGUUUUCUGGAAAUACCUGUGAUACUACAAUCGGAACAUCAUUAUCUGGGGAACUUCCUAUUGCCGCAAUAGCAGGCGGUGCAGGUGGUGGUGUUAUUGCUAUUUUUCUGAUAGGUCUUCUUGUCUUCUGCCGAAUUAGGAACAGAAACCCAAUGCCGCCAGCCGAAAAUGAUAACCUGUUAGAGCUGAAUGGAUCGAACGAUGGGCCUGUUUAUGCUACCGUUCAGCGAAAUAAUUCUGGUGAGAGGAACGUUCAUAAAUUUGAUGUAUCUGACACCACCCACACAGCUUUGAAUGGUACAACAGUGAAUCAACAGUCUUGGCGUAGCGGUGGUGUCGCACCUUCAAGAAAACCAUCCUCAUUGUUAACUGACGAAGACGGUCUUGAAAUAGACGAACAUGAGACCGCGGCUAGGCUCCAAUCUAUCAAGUUUGAAGAACGAGGAGGUGUGUACUACAACUGUGCAAGUAAAAUACAGAAGAGUAAAAUCAGGGUCAGCGAGCUCAUGGAGUUCGUUGACUCAAAGAACCAGACCUACUUCGAGGAAGAAUUUGAGAAACUACCCAAAGGAAUGAUGAAGAAGUAUGACGUUUCACAAAUGAGCUUGAAUAUGCCAAUGAAUCGAUACAAAGGGGUUUAUCCAUACGAUGAUUCUCGGGUAAUAGUCCGCGGUGGAGUGACAGACUACAUUAACGCCAGUUACAUUGAUGGCUAUAAACAGAGAAACGCUUACAUCGCAGCCUUAGGCCCAACGUCAAAACAGAUGGGAGAUUUUUCACCAUUUUGGAGAAUGAUAUGGCAACAGAAAGUCGAUAAGAUUGUCAUGGUUACCAACUUUGUGGAAGAAGGGAAAGACAAGUGUGAUCAGUAUUUUCCCGACGUUGGGCUGACGCAAUCUUACGGAGAAAUAUGUGUAAAAUGUACAAGCAAAGGGGAAUACGCAGAAUUCGUCAGAAGGAUAUUUUCUGUUUCUGUGGACACUGAGCACAGAACCUUGUGCCACCUUCACUUUACUGCCUGGCCAGAUAAAGACAUCCCCGAAGAUGUGACCUCUAUCGUAGAAUUCCGGACAAAAGUUUUGAACGCGCCAGCGGUAAUGGGAGGACCCACUGUGGUGCACUGCAGCGCCGGUAUUGGUCGCUCAGGCACGUACAUUGCGCUCGAUAUUCUGAUAAGGGAGGGCGAGGCUGAAAACAUGGUGGACAUUCCAGGAUGCGUUGUCAACAUGAGGCAUAAUAGACCUCACAUGGUGCAAACGAAGGAACAGUACGAGUAUCUACAUCACGCGCUGGUCCACGCUCUGACAUUCGACUGCAAACCUGUUCGUAUUGAUAGAUAUCGACAGUACAUAGAAGACACAUCAAACGAUGCGAUGACAAGAAAAUUUCAGCAUCUGACGUCAACAAUUCCUAAACUGACACAUGAAGAACAAGCCGCAACAGACACUAAUCAGAAGCUUGAGAAGAAGAACAGAAUAAACGCAGAUAUCCCUGGCGAUUCCUACCGACCGAGGUUACAUUUAAACAUGAAACAAGGGACAUCAGACUAUAUAAAUGCAGUAUAUAUGAAUAGCUUUAAAAGGGAAAAAAUGUUGCUCCUUGCACAAACACCACUACCGGAAACAGUCAACAGUUUUCUUACCCUUCUAGUGCAGGAAAACUGUUCAUGCAUUGUCAAUAUUGACUCCAUUACCGAGAAUAACGCUACUGUAGGCGUAUGCUUCCCAGACGACAGCAAGGUUUACAAGAACGGAAUCUUUACACUCAGGGGUUCUGAUAUGGAAAGAGGCGUUUAUAUGACAAAACGGUCAAUUAAAAUACAGUCUAGUGGAAUUCCGGACCAGACGAAGACAAUCCCCCUUCUGCAUUUCACUGAUUGGAACACACACAUUAGUACCCCGAAUUCAGCGCGAAAUUUCUUGUUGUUCAUAAAAGACGUUGAAUCAGUUGCCAAAGAAAACAACAGGACAGGUCCUAUACUAGUGCACUGUAUGGACGCGGCGUCUAAGUGCGGACUGUUCAGCGUAGUGGCCACAUUGAUGGAAACGAUUGCAGCAGAGCGCGAGGUCAGCGUUACUAACGUGGUCCGAAAGGUCAAGUUGCGGAGGAGGAGCGCCAUUCAAUUUAAGGAGCAGUUCCAAUUUUGCCACGACUGCGUUUUGGAGUAUACUCAAGGUUUUGACAAUUGCGCAGACAGAGAUUCUGUGUAAAAACGUGCAAUUAAAAUGUUGAGCGUCUAUUAUCCUCAAUUCAAAAUUGUGAUAAAAAAGAACUGUAAUCUUGUUAACACGGAGCAACAAUUAAAACUUCGUAAAGAAGGUUGAAAACUUUAAAAUGGAGUUGCAAAAUAUUAAAUCCAAACUUGAUGUUCAUAACAACCCUUUCACAAAUAGUGUUCGCUAUUUUCAUAGUACAAUUAACUAUCUAGAGCUUAAUAAUGUCUCUCAAAUAUAAAAAAAGCUACAAAUACAUGUAAGCUCUAUAAAAAUCGUAAGGGUUUGCAAAGAGGAUUCAUUAUUUCAUGAGCGAUCACACGUGUAAGAUUUGUAAAUGAUAUGUUCAUUUUAUUUUGAAUUGAAUGAAUUUCUUUUACAUUGAAUGACAAUAUCGAUGAAUUUUAACAAACCUUCACAUAAUGCAAAUUGAAAAUUAUAUGCAUAUAUAUUGAACUACAGUCUAUGCCUAUAUUUUGAAUUUAAAAUGAUAAAUCUUUACAUUGUUAUGUCCCCAGUCUAUACUGGGGGAACACAUUGAUUUUUUUUCGUCUCUUUGUUGGUUUGUUGUUUGCGUCAAACUUUAACAUGGCCAUAACUUUUUCACUAUUCAAGACCGCAACUUGAUAUUUGGCAUGCAUGUGUAUCUCAUGGAGCUGCACAUUUUGAGUUGUGAAAGGUCAAGGUCAGUGUAAUACUUCAAGGUCAACGGUCAAAUAUAUGGGGGGACAUAGUGUUUCACAAACACACCUUGUUUAUUUUUUGUAAAUAUUUUUUUUCUCUUUGUUGUAAAUCGCAUUUGCUUGUUUUUUAUAAAGUAAUUUUGGGCACUGCUGAAAAACAAGUAUGCGCAUGACGCAAGUUGUCUAUGCAUGUUUAUUAAACUCUAUUUACUAGCGAUUAUGAAUAAUAAAUAUCUACCAUUUUA